AUGAUAUCCUAAGCAUUUGAUGUUUUAGUUUUAACGGUAUAUGAUGAAUAAGAUCGAAUAUUAAUAAUUUCAUAAAUUGAUGUAAUUUAAGAUCUUUCUGAUUUGAAAAACUUGAAUUUAAAAAUAAUUAAGAUUUAAGGAAAUCUUCAUUUAUAAGUAGUAUUUUAAAUUAAAUCUAAGAUAAAUGGAGAAUUAACAAAUAUUGGUAAUACUUCAAUAGUUUUUGAACUUUUUUUUUUAUGUCCUUUAGAAAAUGGAAUAAGAUGUAAAAUAAUAAAACCUUAAGGUUAAGAAAUUUAAUUUAAUCCUUAUUAUAAUUGUAUUGUUAUUAAUUAAAUUUUAGCAAUCCUUGGAUUUAUAGAUUUUAGUUUUUAUAUUUAAAGAACUGAUAAAUUGAUUGAUGUCUUUAAUAAAAUGAAAACAUAAUUUAAAAUAUAGCAUCCUUAUGAAGGAAUGAAUGAAUUUAAAUAAUAAGAGAUGAAUUAAUUUACAAAUAAUGUUAAUAUAACUAAUUAAUGAUUUUAGAUUUAAAAUAGCUGGAAUGAAUUAAAUUCUAUAAAUGAAUUUUUAAUAUUAGAAUUAAAUGAAGGAUUAAAAAGAAAAGCUUGUAUUAAAUAAAUGAUAAUUGAUGGAUAAGAAAUGGUUAAUGAAUUAAAAAAAGAAAUAGAUUUAUUGAAUUAAUUUAAAAAACAAAAUUAAGAUAAAAAUGUAGAUGAAAAUAAUAUUUUAUAAAUUAUUUCAUUAAAAACAUCUCAUUAAGAUUAAUUAAUAGAAAUAGAUGCAAAAAUAAAGAGUAUUCGUGAUACCUUAAGAUUAAUUUAGCAUAAUUUUUAAAACAAUCAUAUUAAUUUUUUUGAAUUAAAUUAAUUUACUAAGAAUUUAGCUAAAGAAGAAUUUGAUGCACAUCUUUUAUUAAAGAAAUGUCUUAAUUAAUAAUUAGAAUGA